CCGUGUGCUCAGCCGUGCGCAUGCGUAUAUGAAAAGACCUUGGACGCCGAGUCUUCCUAGGGGCGCUUAGAUCGUGGAAGUUAAAGACGUGCGGCCGAGAUGCACCGCUGGAGCCGUCUGUGCCGCUCGCUGGCCAAGCGGGGUCACCAACUCCCGUGUAAGCUGCAUGGAGCCACCGCGCUGUCUGUGAGGACCUACGCGGACAAGUCUCCAAUCGAUGCUGACGUCACGGUGGUGGGCUCGGGGCCCGGCGGGUACGUUGCUGCCAUCAAAGCCGCACAGCUUGGCUUCAAGACGGUGUGUGUGGAAAAAAAUGCCACCCUUGGAGGAACGUGCUUGAACGUUGGCUGUAUCCCUUCAAAGGCUUUGCUGAACAACUCGUACCUGUAUCAUUUGGCACAUGGAAAAGAUUUUGAAAGCAGGGGCAUUGAGAUCUCAGGAAUCAAAUUAAACCUGGAGAAAAUGAUGCUGCAGAAGAGCGGGGCAGUCAAGGCGCUGACGGGAGGAAUCGGACAUCUCUUUAAGCAGAACAAGGUCACACAUGUGAAUGGUUUUGGGAAGAUAACAGGCAAGAACCAGGUGACUGCAGCAAUCGGCGACGGCACUGAGCAGGUCAUCAACACCAAGAACAUCCUGAUUGCUACUGGCUCAGAGGUCACACCAUUUCCCGGGAUCGAGAUUGAUGAGGAGACCGUAGUUUCUUCUACUGGAGCACUCUCCCUUACAAAGGUUCCAGAGAAGUUGAUCGUGAUUGGCGCUGGAGUCAUUGGGGUUGAACUGGGGUCCGUCUGGCAGCGCUUGGGCUCCCAGGUGACGGCUGUGGAGUUCCUGGGUCACGUGGGUGGCAUGGGCAUCGACAUGGAGAUCUCCAAGAACUUCCAGCGCAUCCUGCAGAAGCAGGGCAUGAAGUUCAAACUGGGCACCAAGGUGAUGGGUGCCACCAAGAGGCCAGACGGACAGAUAGAUGUGACCAUGGAGGCGGCGGCCGGGGGGAAGAGCGAGACACUCACCUGCGACGUCCUGCUGGUCUGCAUCGGCCGCCGGCCCUUCACCCAGAACCUGGGCCUGGAGAACGUGGGCGUCGAGCUGGACAACCGCGGCCGGAUCCCCAUCGACAGCCGCUUCCAGACCAAAGUGCCCAGCAUCUACGCCAUCGGGGACGUGGUGGCCGGCCCCAUGCUGGCCCACAAGGCCGAAGACGAGGGCAUCAUCUGCGUGGAGGGCAUGGCAGGCGGUGCCGUCCACAUUGACUACAACUGCGUGCCCUCCGUCAUCUACACCCACCCCGAAGUGGCCUGGGUGGGCAAGACUGAGGAGCAGCUGAAGGAGGAGGGCGUCCCAUUCAAGGUCGGCAAAUUCCCGUUUGCCGCAAACAGCCGAGCCAAGACUAACGCGGACACAGAGGGUCUGGUGAAGAUCCUCAGCCACAAGGAGACGGACCGGAUGCUGGGAGCCCACAUCCUCGGAUCGGGCGCUGGCGAGAUGAUCAACGAGGCCGCCCUCGCUAUGGAGUACGGCGCCUCGUGCGAAGACGUCGCCCGCGUCUGCCACGCUCACCCCACGGUGUCGGAGGCCUUCCGGGAAGCCAACCUGGCCGCCUCCUUCGGGAAAGCCAUCAACUUCUAAACUCAGCACCAAGUCCGCCGGAAUUUGCCGCUUGUGGAUUUCCAUACGUCCCGCCCAGCCAUCAUCAUGGAUAUGUUGAAUCAACAGCGGUUUAGAUUAUUUAAGUCCUUAACGGGGGUCUGGGUCUUGGAAAACCACUGACUGUAGAUCCAUAUCUAUGUAUUGCAGCAUGUCGCUGCAGAUAGAAUUUAAAAAAAGCACCUUUUUCAUGUUAAGGAAGAAUUUCCCUCUCUGAUGGUGAGACUCCAUCUGUAUUACGUGCGAAUACAUAAAGUAACACCGGAAAUGUGACACUGGAGUGCGCGCAGUGCUGGUUUUGAUGUACCUUUUACGCUCGGGUUCCAGGCAGCGCUCACACUGAAGCACUACAGAAAUAAACGUGCUAAAGUAA